AUAGUGAUCUGUUCUUCUCUGUGAUCAAGAAAGGAUUCUUCGAUUCAACGCUGUUAUUGUUCUCUUCGAUCGUUCUUGCAGGAUUCGCAUUUGCUCAAUUUUGUUCAGAACAAGACGAUCUGCUGCUCAUGGCGUCCACUCUUGGAGGCGUGCACGAUUCUCAAGGAGCUUCCAACUCCGCUGAUGUGGAUGAAAUUGCUCGUUUCGCCGUCGACGAACACAACAAGAAAGAGAAUGCACUUCUUGAGCUUGUGAGAGUGGUGAAGGCGCAGGAGCAGGUGGUAGCUGGUACAAUGCACCACCUUACUCUUGAGGUCGUUGAUGCUGGUAAAAAGAAGCUCUAUGAAGCCAAGGUCUGGGUGAAGUCAUGGAUGAAUUUUAAAGAACUUCAAGAUUUCAAGCAUGCAGGCGAUGUCCCUUCAAUUACUCAUUCUGAUCUUGGCGCUAAGAAAGGUGAUCAUCCCCAGGGAUGGCGAGAAGUGCCACCACACGAUCCUCACGUUCAGGAUGCAGCACAGCAUGCUGUUCGGACCAUCCAGCAGAGAUCUAAUUCCCUACUCCCCUAUGAAUUGCUGGAAAUCAUACAUGCAAAGGCAGAGGUGAUCGAAGAGGCUGCAAAGUUCGAUUUGCUCCUAAAGCUGAAGAGAGGGAGUAAAGAAGAGAAGUUCAAAGUGGAAGUUCACAAGAACAAUGAAGGUAACUUCCUUCUGAAUCAGAUGGUGCAAGAUCAAUCUUAGACAAGCUCCGAAUGCGCAAUAAAAAGAAACAAUCGCUAUCGAAACUUGAACUCGUCUUCUUACUUGAAUUUUACACCUAUGUCUUGAGAACUUGUGGAUCUGUGAUUUACUUUUGUUCUGGUUUGGUUAAUUCGUGCUUGGAUUGUUCAAGUGAACGGGUUACAGGAAUUCGGGUUCGUGUAUCGUGAGUCUUGGAUUUGUAUGUAUUAUGUAUGUAUUAUGUAUGAUGGGUCCUUCCAGUUUAAUAUGUAUCAACUUUAUAAGGAAACC